UUCGUAUAUAAUAGAAGCAGAUGAGAAAAGGCCGAAAGAAAAAGGAAAAAAAAGCUCAAAACCCUAGCCGUAAUAAGGGUUUCGAUCAAAAGAAAGAGCAGAGCCGAACUGAGCUCGUCCUAAAGCCCAUUAGCCCCUCGUCUGAGUCUCGUAUCGUCGUCUCCCUCCUCUCUUUCUCUAUCUUUUUUGAUUUUUCAAAGUUUCUCUCUUUCGUCUCGAUUCGCGCUUAUCGUUCCCGCCGCUACAAUCUAAGGUGGUUUAGGUUUAGGCUAAUUCCGGAUCUCUGUCGCCUGAAUUCUCCACUAUCUCCUCCCGCUGUCUGGUUCCGAGGACUUGAAGGGUAUGGAUAAUAAUUCUUUGAUGCUGAUCGAUAACAAUGGCUCUUUUGAGAUUGAUGACCAAUCCCAUAUGGAUGUCGAUACCUCCCAUAAUAACCCUUCCAUGGCUUUGUUCACCCCGACACGCACCAACGAUGACGCCCCUACUGCCGAUACUGAUGAUGGCUUGCUCCCUGAACCUGGCACACUACCAGCCAAGCGCAGGAGGAAGAAGUCUAUGGUCUGGGAGCAUUUCACCAUUGAAACUUCUAGCCCUGGAUCUACCAAAGCCUGCUGCAAGCACUGCAGGAAAUCUUUCGCCUACAUUACUGGCCAAAAGUUGGCAGGAACUAGCCACCUUAAGCGUCACAUUCAAUUGGGUAUUUGUCCAAUGAGCCGAGACAACACUCAGCUAGCACAAGUCGUUGAUUCCAAAGAUCCUAGCACUGGUCCUCCCAAGAAACGCCAGAGGGCUUCUGCUACACAUAUGAACUUCCCUCUGGAUCAAGAUCGCUGCUACAACGAGAUGGCCAAGAUGAUUAUCAUGCAUGAUUAUCCCCUUCACAUGGUCGAGCAUUCUGGAUUUGCUGGUUUCGUGCAGGCCCUUCGUCCCCAGUUCAGUAUGGCAAGCUUCAAUACCAUUCAUGGUGAUUGUGUCAAUAUGUACUUGUCUGAGAAGCAAAAGCUUUCAAACUUCAUCAGUGAGAUUCCUGGGCGAGUUAACCUUGCUGUAGAUUUGUGGACAUCAAAUCAAUCUGUGGGUUAUGCGUUUGUGACAGGACACUUCAUUGAUAGGGAUUGGAAACUAACUCAUAGGCUUCUAAAUGUUGCUGUCGUUCCUUCUCCUGAUUCUGAUUUUGCCUUAAAUCAGCCUAUUGCAGCUUGUUUAUCCGACUGGAAUCUUGAGAGAAGGCUUUCCAGUCUCACUGUUGGGCAGUCAGUAGUAAAUAAAGCCUCUAUUGAAAACCUCAGGUGCUGUUUGUCUGCCAGGAACCAGCAUGUAUUGAAUGGUCAGUUGUUGUUGGGUAGUUGCUAUGCUCGCCUCCUAAGCAGUAUGGCACAAGAUCUGCUUGGAGCUGCGGAUUAUGAAACACCCAUAAAGAAAGUCCGUGAGAGCGUGAAGUAUGUGAAAACCAAAGACAGUUGCGGAGAGAGGUUUGAUGAACUGAAGAGACAACUUCAAACACCUUCUACCAAAGAUCUACUAAUUGACAACCAAACGAAAUGGGACACAAGUUACAACAUGUUAUUGGCUGCCUGUGAACACAAAGAAGUGUUUUCUUGUCUGGGAAACUGCGAUCUUGAUUAUAAACUGUCAACAUCUCCUGAAGAAUGGAGAAAGAUUGAGAUUCUUUGCUCGUGCUUGAAGAUUCUUUUUGACGCAGCCAAUGUUUUGACUGGCUCAACUCGAUUGACAGCAAACGAUUUGUACCAUGAAAUGACAAAGCUUCAGCUAGAGCUAAGUCACACAGCCAUGAGUGAAGAUGCAGAUGUUAGAAACCUGGUGAACCCAAUGAAAGAGAAGUUUGACGAGUACUGGAGAGAAUGUUUCCUGCUUCUGGCUGUUGCUGUGGUGAUGGAUCCGCGCUUCAAAAUGAAGCUUAUUGAGUUUAGUUUCUCUAAGGCUUACGGGGAAGAUGCAGAUAAAUGGAUCAGGAGUGUUGAUGAUGCAGUACAUGAGCUGUACCUUGACUAUACUGAACAGAGUCACUCCCUGCUGGAUGCUUAUGUA